AUAGUGGGGGUGAUGCUUCGCUUAUUUUAGUGGCGGUGAUCCGAUCCGUUCUCACCCCUAUCGCCCAAAUCCCCUCGAAGUUUCAUCGUUUUGGCCUCCCUUUUCGUUCUCUUUUUCCUUGAAUUCGCUUCGAGAGUUUGAGUUGGGAACGGAGAUGUCGCUUCGUUCGGUUUGAUCUCGAUAUCGAAGGUGAAACAGUUGCGGUGCGAUGGAUCGAGAGAGAGGGCCGACGUCCGACGACCAGCGGGUGGGCAGCCGAGGGGUUCAUUGGAAGAAUUACUAUAAGAACUUGUUACUUUUAGCAUAUCAAAGUUUUGGUGUAGUGUAUGGUGACCUGAGUACAUCUCCUCUUUAUGUUUACAAAAGUUCAUUUUCGGGGAAAAUGUACAAAUAUCAAAAUGAGCAGACGGUAUUUGGUCUGUUUUCCUUGAUAUUCUGGACAUUAACUCUGAUCCCAUUGCUGAAGUAUGUUGUCAUUGUCUUGAGCGCUGAUGAUAAUGGUGAAGGUGGAACAUUUGCUUUGUAUUCCCUACUCUGCAGACAUGCCAAAUUGAGUUUGCUUCCUAAUCAGCAAGCAGCUGAUGAGGAGCUCUCCACUUAUUACCGAAAUGGCCCCCGAAGUGUGAUUACUUCUCCACUGAAAAGAUUUCUUGAGAGGCAUAAAAAGCUGAGAACUUGUUUACUUCUUAUAGUGCUGUUUGGUGCCUGCAUGGUGAUAGGUGAUGGUGUCCUUACACCAGCAAUUUCUGUUUUAUCAUCUAUUUCUGGGUUACAAGUUCGUGCCAAGGAACUACAUGAUGGUGAGGUGGUACUGGUUGCUUGCCUUGUGCUAGUUGGCCUUUUUUCCUUGCAGCAUAGAGGUACUCAGAGGGUAGCGUUCAUGUUUGCACCUAUUGUUAUUAUUUGGCUUUUGUGCAUUGGUGUAAUCGGUUUGUACAAUACCAUUCACUGGAACCCCAAGAUAUAUCAUGCUCUUUCUCCACUCUACGUCAUUAAGUUCUUCCAGCAAACAGGCAAGGAUGGUUGGAUUUCUCUGGGGGGUGUUCUCCUUUCUAUCACAGGUACUGAAGCUAUGUUUGCAGAUCUUGGCCACUUCACUCAAGCAUCUAUAAGGGUGGCAUUUGUCGGUGUUAUAUACCCUUGUCUAGUACUACAAUAUAUGGGACAGGCAGCAUUUCUUUCUAAGAACUUCAAUAACAUAUCUACCAGCUUUUAUGCAUCUAUACCACAACCUUUUUUUUGGCCAGUUUUUGUGGUGUCCACUCUUGCUGCUAUAGUUGCUAGUCAAGCUGUUAUCUCAGCGACAUUCUCAAUUGUCAAACAAUGUCUUGCUUUGGGUUGCUUCCCACGUGUCAAGGUUGUCCAUACAUCAAGAUGGAUUUAUGGCCGGAUAUACAUACCUGAAAUUAAUUGGAUCCUCAUGGUACUUUGUCUUGCUGUGACAAUUGGAUUCCGCGACACAACCCUUAUCGGAAAUGCUUAUGGUAUAGCGUGCAUGACUGUCAUGUUUGUGACAACAUGGUUAAUAGCUCUUGUCAUGGUACUUGUGUGGCAAAAGAACAUCAUCUUCUCACUGUUGCUUCUUUUGUUUUUUGGAAGUAUUGAGGCGGUCUAUCUCUCCUCUUCACUUAUGAAAGUCCCCCAGGGAGGUUGGGCACCUUUGGUUCUCUCCUUUGUCUUCAUGGUCGUCAUGUAUGUGUGGCACUAUGGCACAAGAAGGAAAUAUCUCUUUGACUUGCAAAACAAGGUCUCAAUGAAAUGGAUCCUCACACUUGGCCCCAGCCUCGGAAUUGUUCGUGUCCCUGGAAUUGGACUCAUCUACACAGAAUUGGUUACUGGAGUACCAGCUAUCUUCUCCCAUUUCAUAACCAACCUCCCUGCUUUCCAUCAAGUUCUAGUCUUUGUUUGCGUGAAGUCAGUUCCAGUCCCAUUUGUUCCACCAGAUGAACGAUACCUCAUUGGUCGGAUUGGUCCCAGAGCCUAUAGAAUGUACAGAUGCAUUGUUAGAUAUGGCUACAAAGAUGUACAAAAAGAUGAAAAUUUUGAGAACCUACUGGCAUUGAGCAUUGCCAAGUUCAUUCAGAUGGAAGCCGAGGAAGCAUCCUCUGGGAGUUAUGACACAUCGCCGGAAGGAAGAAUGGCUGUUAUCCGAACUUCUGAUACGACUGGCACAACAUUGGUGAUGAGGGAUGCUGAUCAGCUUGCAGGUGAGUCUACCAUGAUCAGGAGCAGCAAAUCAGAAACACUUCAAAGCUUGCAGUCACUAUACGAACAAGAAUCACCGAGUGUGAGCCGCCGGCGCCGUGUCCGCUUCGAGCUGCCUGAAACAGAGUACAUUGACCCUCAGGUGAAGGAGGAGCUACUAGCACUGGUGGAGGCUAAACAAGCAGGAGUUGCCUACAUAUUGGGACACUCUUAUAUAAAGGCAAGGAAGACUUCAUCAUUCAUGAAGAAGUUUAUCAUCAAUGUCGCCUACUCUUUCCUACGAAAGAAUUGCAGGGGCCCUGCAGUGGCUUUAAGCAUACCUCACAUCAGCCUUAUCGAAGUUGGGAUGAUCUAUUAUGUGUAAUCUGUUCUUAUUGCCAAACGUUUUUUAUGGCACCUGAGAGACAUGGUAGGUAUGUUUGCAGUGGUAGCAGAUGCCAAGGUCAAAUGGUCACUGCAAUGUUAGAAGGAUUAGAUGUUACAUGGGUCCAUAGCUCAACAUUGCCUGUGCAUAAAGCUUUAUAUGACUCUGUUUGAACAGGUGAUGGGAGUUGGUAAGAGCACAAUACAUGUGGGUGUCUUUUGUAGUGGCAUCACUAAUCCUAGAAAGAGCUACCAGAUUUGAUAAUUAUUUGACUUCA